UGUGAGGCCCUAGCAAGAGGCGCCGCAGUGGCUCGCCGUUGUGGAAUGGGUAGAGUUGGUUGGCCCGUCAAAGCAACUUUAGGGUUUAACGGUGGACGGAGCUGCGCUUGUUUGGUGGGCGACGAGAGCAGAAUCCCGAGGCUGCAAGCCCAUGUACUUCAUUUCGAUGGAGAAGGACCGCUUUUUCCCGAGCGCUGCUGCCAGGGGCCCCUGUUCUUGGUUUGAAAUGCAUCAGUUCAUUGGGGAUCUCAUGGCAUCUACACAGAAUCCAUCUUCAGGGACAGAUGUGCCACAGCAAGAAGCAAUCCGUGCCAUGUGGGAUAGUACUGGACCAGAGACUCUGGGAUUUAAGCUGACAUCUUCUAAACCUGUCUACAGUGCUGAAGGGAUGCAACAACCUUUGACUGCCAGCUACAAACAGGUUGCAUCAAAGUCGCCUUUUAACAUAGAGGGCAUUACUCACAUCAUGCCUCUGCACUCUAAACAUGCACCUUCUAAAACCAUAACCACUGUGAGUGGGAUUAUUAAUCAAGUUUCAGAGGCUGGACCAGCUACAGUGACAAGCAACAGCCAAAUCAGAAACUGCAAUCCAUUUGAGAACCAGUCUUGUUCCAGCUGCUUAAUUGAGUUCCCGGAUCUGAAGUCCAAGGAACGGCAUGUCAGAAGACAUCACCCUGAACUGUAUGAGGCAUUCAGAGAACAGCUUCUAAAUGGAACAGUUUUCUCGUGCUUUUCCUGUGACCGCAGUUUUAGCAAUUUAGAAGAACUUGGCCAGCACCAACUCGCCCAUGCAACUCAAAAACUGCAUCGGUGCGUGCUCUGUGAAGCAAUGUUUCUCCGUCAUGCUCAACUUUUACAGCAUCAGCGAGUGGUCCACUCCUGUAAGGCAGGAAGUUUCAUUUGUACAGAAUGUGGAAAGAACUUCAAUAGUAGCAGUAACUUGCGCAUCCACCAGAAUGUCCACACAGGGGCCAGGCCAUAUUCUUGUACAGAGUGUGGAAAGAGCUUCAGCCAGUCAGGUGCACUCAAAAUUCACCAACGUAUACAUACCGGAGAGAAACCCUACACCUGCUCAUUUUGUGGCAGAGGCUUUCCUCACCUAGCUGGAGUCCGAGCUCAUCAGCGCACCCACACAGGAGAAAAGCCUUAUCGAUGCCUACAGUGUGGAAAGAGUUUCACUCAGUCAGGAGCAUUGCGAGUACACCAGAGAAUACACACGGGGGAGAAACCCUACCUUUGCACCGAGUGUGGAAAGAGUUUUUCCAAUCGCUCUGGCAUUCGUUUUCACCAGCGAGCUCAUAAAGAAGAACUACCUUAUGGCUGUGAAGACUGUGGCCGCAGAUUUAAAGAUGCUCGCAGUCGUAACAAACACCAGAAGCAGAUUCAUUAUGGAAAGAUAGAUGGGGAGGAGGAAGAGGAAGAGGAGGAGGAGGAAGUGGGUGAAGAGGUGGAGCAAGAGGAAGAGAGUAAUGCAGCAGAGACAAAAGAACUUAAAUCUAGUGGCGAAACGCCACAGGAAAAGUCACAAGAGUUAGAGGAGGAAAAUGAAGCCAAUAACAGAAAUGCAAGAUCAGACAGCAACGUUGAAAGCUGCGAAAUAACUAUUGUCACUAAAUAAAAGAGAUACUUUGGUAAAAUGAAUGCACUGUUUCAAAUGGUUGACGGCUGUCUGGAGAUAUUUGUACUUGGUGUCUGAAGAUUUUUGCCCCUUUUCAAAAGUAAAAGCCCUGCAGAUGCAAUACGUAGUUCAGUAAAAUGAAAACAAUAGUUGGACACCUUGUUAGAUAAUCAGCUUUCAAGAGAGUCCAGUGACCCUGAUGAGCUUUAUAAUAACGCUUUUGCCCACCAGCAAGGUGCCUUUUGUGCCUCGAGGAUGAGGGUAAAAGCUUAUUUUUAAUGUACUGUAGUUAAGUUAUCAAUGAUUCUCAGGGGAAACACCACUGCGGACACAGAAAAGCUUCCUGUUAAGUACUUUGCUGAUUUACUGUAUUUCAGGAUUAUGGGAGCAGAUUUAUACAGGGAAGUUCUGUUUACUUAAGAAAACUUCUGCAUCCCACAAAGAACAUUUAUCACGUUUCAGUGCGCUAACAACAUCUCUGAAUUACUUUUGCUUCUGUUGCGGACAAAAAGUAACCAACUUGCAACAGUCACUCACACUUUGUACACUUUCAAAUAUGUAUAAUUUUGGUUUACUUCUAAUGCAAGUAUAUUUAGUAUGAGGUGGUAUUAUACAUGAAGAAUGAAUAUAUAUAUAAAAAAUAUGUAUGUAUUUUUUUUUUGUUUUAUAGUGGCUAAACUGUUUGUAACUAAAGACAUUUGUAUAAUUUGCUGCAUGGGAUUUGCACUAGAGGCGGCACACAAGAAGUUUAGCAAUCAUCCUAAAACUUCUUGAUGCUGUAGUUCAAAUUGCUUAUAUUUGUUAUGUAUGCUUAUGUAGUUACUUUAGUUAUAUUGGUUUACCUUUGCUUUAUAUAUUUUUUUCCAUUUAUUUAUUUUUCUUAGUCUGCCAAAAUGUAAUCAGAUCUCUGUAAAGAAGCACUGUCAAGGUGUAGCCUGGAUUAAUUUGUCCUGACUGCAUUUAAAGCACUUGAUAUGCUUUGACUAAUCAAGAAGGAAACUAAAAAUUUAAAGUAUUUUUUUUCCAAGAUGCACUAAGACUGUGGAGUGACAGACUUGCUGUUUCCCUUUUGUUUAAUCAGUCUGAGGGUACAAGUACAGAUUAUAUUUUUAAAAUGAACACUUAAUAUUAAACAAUUUAUUGAAUACUGCCACAGCUAUGUUAAAUUACAGCUGUGUCAGUGUGUUUUAGAAUAUUUACUUUGCUGCAGGGAUGCACAGUCUUGUAAAAUGCAUAUUUCAUGUAUUAUGCCAUGUAUAUUCUGUUUUUCAGCUUUUUAAUUCUCACAGCUUCAGUUGUACUUGUUUAUUAGUAAAAUAAUGAAUUUUAAUUGCUGUUUUAAUUUUUCCAAAUGUAUCUGUGCUAUGACAUGAUGUAUUACACAAUAUUGGAGAUCAGGUAUUGUCUGUAAAGAUGCAGUAUUGUGUGCCCGUGAGUGUGUUUUUAAUCUCUGUAUGCCAUGUUCUUUAUAACUGCCACAUUUGUGCCUUUCAAUUAUUUUUAUUUUUUUUAGUGAUCAAUACAGGCAAUUGUACUGAUCAAUUUAUUCAUUUUUGAAGAAGUAUAAAAAUUUAACCUGAAACAGGAGCUAAACCCAGGAGUGAGGCUUCAAAUCACGUGACACAAAUGAAAUCUAUGUGUCAAUUUUGCUAAAUGCCAUUUAGCUGAUGAACUAUUGCUUAUUUUGAUUUUAUACUUUGUUGUGUCAAUCAAACUGUUGAGUAUUUUUCUUUUUUUUGUAGAAAAGGUAAAGUAAGCCUCCCAUCUACACACUGCCUUUAUAAGGCUGAAUGUUUUUCUUAGUUGUAAAGGUGUCUUUUUAAACCUUAAAUGGACAAGUUUGACAUCUGGGUAAGCAUAUUUAAGUAAUACAGUAGUUGGGUUUUUUUUUGUACAUUUUGGUUGUGCACUUCAGUUUAUAAUCCUGUUUAAAAUUUGCAUUGGUAACCUUAGUUGUCAGCACCUCUGUUAAAAUGUUUACUAAGAGCGAGCAAUGAUGAAAUGCCCUUCUUCUAAAAAGUUAAAUAUCCUGUACUAUUAUUACCUCUGUUAUUCCCAUAAAAUGUAGAUUUCUUCAAGUCUUGUUUUCAAAUGGAGCAGAGAGAAUAUAUUGUUAGUGUGUUUUUACUGCUUUGGCUAAUGCUUAAAGAGUGUGAGUUAAAAGUUUAGAAGUACAGUUUUUAAUCUUAAUUGGAUAGUUCCAAUUUAAACAGCUGUUUUUUAUCUUGGCAUUGUGUUAAGUCUUUAAGGCACUGUUCUAGGGUCUUUAAUAUGUAUGCAGAGCAGGUCAAAUGUUUGUUUGCUUACUUAGAGGCAUUUUAAACAAUACAUAUUUUUGCUCAUUUUAACCUCAUAGGUGUUGCUGCCUAGUUAAAAAUAAAUCAUGUUUGCAUUCUG